AUGGAAAUACACACAGGGCUGGAACGGCCCUACAAGUGUGGGCAGUGUGGGAAGAGCUUCAGGUGGAGGUCUGAACUGAUUGUCCACCAGAGGAUCCACACGGGGGAACGGCCUUUUGAGUGUGGGGAGUGUGGGAAGAGCUUCACGUCAAAGUCCCUCCUGACCUACCACCAGAGGAGCCACACUGGGGAGAGACCCUACGAGUGUGAUCAGUGCAAGAAGAGGUUUCAGACCAGCUCCAGUCUCCUUCUACACCAGCGCAUUCACACAGAUGAGAGGCCCUUCCGCUGCCCUGACUGUGGCAAGGGCUUCAAGCAGAACGCCACCCUCAUCAACCACCGGCGCAUCCACACUGGGGAGAGGCCCUACAAGUGUCCCAAGUGUGGGAAGAGCUUCUUGCAGAGGUCUACCUUGACCCAACACCAACGGAGCCAUCACUAA